GCAGCCGCGCGCUGCCUACGCCUGUCAUCGCCGGGGAGGUUUGUUCCCGAGGAGAAGCCGGCGCCAUGGCGGUUCUUCUGGAGACCACUCUGGGCGACGUGGUCAUCGACUUGUACACCGAAGAGCGGCCGCGCGCUUGCUUGAAUUUUCUGAAGUUGUGCAAAAUAAAAUAUUACAAUUAUUGCCUUAUUCACAAUGUACAGAGGGAUUUUAUCAUACAGACCGGAGAUCCUACGGGGACCGGCCGUGGAGGAGAGUCUGUCUUCGGACAACUGUAUGGUGAUCAAGCAAGCUUUUUUGAGGCAGAAAAAGUGCCAAGGAUCAAGCACAAAAAGAAAGGCACUGUGUCCAUGGUGAACAAUGGCAGUGACCAGCACGGAUCUCAGUUUCUUAUUACUACAGGAGACAAUCUAGAUUACCUUGAUGGUGUUCAUACAGUGUUUGGUGAAGUGACGGAAGGCAUGGACAUAGUGAAGAAAAUCAAUGAGACCUUUGUAGACAAGGAUUUUGUACCAUAUCAAGAUAUCAGGAUAAAUCAUACAGUGAUUUUAGAUGAUCCAUUUGAUGACCCUCCUGAUUUAUUAAUUCCUGAUCGAUCACCAGAGCCUACAAGGGAACAAUUAGAUAGUGGCCGAAUAGGAGCAGAUGAAGAAAUUGAUGACUUCAAAGGAAGAUCAGCUGAAGAAGUCGAAGAAAUAAAGGCCGAGAAAGAGGCUAAAACUCAAGCUAUUCUUCUAGAGAUGGUGGGAGACCUACCUGAUGCAGAUAUUAAACCUCCAGAAAAUGUGUUGUUUGUGUGUAAAUUGAAUCCAGUGACCACAGAUGAGGACCUGGAGAUAAUAUUCUCAAGAUUUGGACCAAUAAGAAGUUGUGAAGUUAUCCGAGAUUGGAAAACAGGAGAAUCCCUCUGUUAUGCGUUUAUUGAAUUCGAAAAGGAAGAAGAUUGUGAGAAAGCGUUCUUCAAAAUGGAUAAUGUACUUAUAGAUGACAGGAGAAUACAUGUGGAUUUUAGCCAGUCUGUUGCAAAGGUUAAGUGGAAGGGGAAAGGUGGGAAAUAUACCAAGAGUGAUUUCAAGGAGUAUGAAAAGGAACAGGAUAAACCAUCCAAUUUGGUUCUGAAAGAAAAAGUAAAGCCCAAACAGGAUGCAAAAUAUGAUCUUAUACUAGAUGAGCAGGCAGAAGACUCUAAAUCAAGCCACUCACACACAAGUAAAAAACACAAAAAGAAAACACGUCACUGCUCUGAAGAAAAGGAAGAUGAAGAAUACAUGCCAAUCAAAAAUCCUAAUCAGGAUAUCUACAGAGAAAUGGGUUUUGGCCACUAUGAAGAUGAAGAAAGCUGUUGGGAGAAACAGAAGAGCGAAAAAAGAGACCGACGUCAGAACCGCAGUCGUAGCCGAUCUCGAGAAAGGGACGGUCACUAUAGUAACAGCCACAAACCCAAGUACCAGACAGAUCCUUAUGAAAGGGAAAGGAGUAGAAAGAGAGACCGAAGCAGAAGUCCAAAGAAGUCCAAAGACAAAGAAAAAUCUAAGUACAGAUGAACAGGGCAGAGGAGGAAGCAGACGGCUAGCAGGUCUGCUCCUGCCUGACUUGGAGCACUCACAGACGCUCUCAGAGUUCCUGCUGGCACAGCUAACUCUGCAUCUCCAUGCUAGCGUUUUAGCCUUCAGGUUAACACUGAUGGUGUGGGGCACUGGGAGAGUGGGGCGUUUUCUGUGUGUACUUUUCAUACAAAUUUUAUUGUUAUGCAUACAUGGUAGUGUUCAUAUUUAACAUCUUUCAUAUUUUCAGUCUUUUUAAAGGAAGCAUUUCAUACCACAGAAGUCCAUAAACUUGUAUAUAAGACAUAAAACAUAGUAAAUUGUGCACCUGCCAGAGUAUAAGAGAUAAAGUGUCACUUGCUAUGGAAGUUCCAUGUGUCCUUUCUCCCUCCAGGAAUUCUCAUUCUGAGUUGUGUUUGCCCUGCUGUUAAUCUUAUAUGGUUUUGAAUUUUAUAUAAAUGACACAAUGUAUGUUUAUUUCUGUGACUUCUUAAAGAGUUGAUUCAUUUGUAUUACGUAGUUUUAAUGAAUAUGAUGCAGUUGAUCUGUUGCUCUGUUGAUGGGCCUUUGAGUUGUUUGUUAGUUUUUGCUAUCUAAGCAAUACCACUGUGAACAGCUUCAUCUGGGCCUGGCACUAUCUGGCUAUAUGGUUUGAGCUUUCAAUGCAUUUACAAUUGUAGUUGCUUAAUUUGCCUGGUAUGUGGAUUUGUAUGGGAGCAGGGGGAGCCACCAGAGUAUCAGUCCACAUGCAGCUUGGAGCGGGUGUUGCUUCAGUGUCGUGCAUAUUCUUGACCACCAAUAGAAGAGGUUUAGUUACGUAAGAGGCUAGCAUCCUGAUAGGGAGAUGGCUCCGUUGGUAGUGUUUGCUUCACAGGCAUAAGACCGAGUUCAGAUCCUCAGGACCACAUAACCAGGCUGACAGUGCAUGCUUAGAGCCCAGCACUGGGAGGCAGGAACAGGUGAAGCUCUAGGGUUAAUGAGAAGCCUUGUCUCAAGAACUAUGCUUGAGGAAGACACCUGACUUUGACCUCUCACAAAAUUGUGCAUGCACGUAAACACAGAGAUGAAUAAACAGAGCUAUCCUGUAUAGACAACUGUAAGUAUUGCUUGCACAGAUGGUUCUUGGUUGUUUUGGUUUGGUUUUUGGGUUUUUUGUUUGUUUGUUUGUUUGUUUGUUUGUUUGUUUUUUGAGACAGGGUUUCUCUGUGUAGUUUUGGAUCCUGUCCUGGAACUCACUCUGUAGACCAGGCUGGCCUCAAACUCACAGAGAUCCGCCUGCCUCUGCCUCCCGAGUGCUGGGAUUAAAGGCCUGCACCACCACUGCCCAGCUCACAGAUGAUUCUAAAAUGUGGUCUGGAAAAAUGAGGAAAAGACAAGCUGGGAACAGUGUGAAGUCACCUACUGACAACUGUGACGAUUUAAUAGCUCUGGAAUAUUGAAAUGGUAACAAUGUAUGCACCAAACAUUUCAAGAAAAAAAUAUCCUUUAUUGCAAAUUAUGAGAAGCUGUUUUAUUUUCCUACACAUUUGACAGUAAUUUUAUAUACUUAUGGGUGUGUAAUAUGUUUUUAUAUAUGUUCAUAUUCUGGGACAAGUAAAUCCAUUUACAAACAUUUA